AUGUCGAGCUCCACAUUCCUACUGAGGCAAUGGCCUCGCUGCGCACGCGGUGCAGGAACACUAUCGAGUCCACGGUAUCCCACCCUGCAGCUCCUCAAGGCGCGCGCUCUUAUCUGUCCACAUGCAGCCCUCUACAGCACUCAAACCACCUCGCCGGAUCUGGCAGAAAAACCGUACUACAUUACAACGCCCAUUUUCUAUGUCAACGCCGUUCCUCAUAUCGGACAUCUGCACUCGGCGGUACUGGCGGACACAUUCAAACGGUUUCAGGAAUUCAAGGGCUGCAAAGCGAUGCUCAGUACAGGAACUGACGAACAUGGACUCAAGAUCCAACAAGCGGCAGAGCAGGCAGGAGUGAAAGAAAUUGUACUCUGCGACACUGUAUCUCAGCAUUUUAGGGCUCUAUUCGAUGCAGCCAACGUCAGCUAUACGACAUACAUCAGAACAACAGAGCCUCGCCACGCAGAUGCAGUCAAGGAAUUGUGGGAUCAGUUAUGGACAAAGGGGUACAUCUACAAGGGCAAGCACGAAGGCUGGUACUCGGUCUCGGACGAGGCUUUUUAUUCGCCAUCUCAGGUCGCAAUCGAAACAGGGAAGCAUGUUGAGUGGAUGAUGGAAGAAAAUUACAAGUUCAAGCUGAGUGCCUUCGCAGACAGGUUGCUUGAUUGGCUAGAGCAGAAUCCCGAUACCAUUUUACCGAAGAGUAGACAUCAGGAAGUUCAGGGCUGGCUCAGGAAUGGACUUUCAGACCUUUCAGUUUCACGACCCAGAUCAAGGUUGACUUGGGGUAUUCCUAUCCCCGGGGACGAUAGCCAUGUCAUGUACGUCUGGAUGGAUGCUCUUACCAAUUACCUCACUGUUACUGGAUACCCAUGGAGCACUAUUUCGGAAGCACAAAAGGCUGUUUGCGGAUGGCCUGCAGAUGCCCAUGUGGUCGGAAAGGACAUUCUGCGGUUCCAUGCUGUCUACUGGCCUGCAUUCCUGAUGGCCGCAGAGUUGACGCUACCCAAACGAAUUGUGGCGCAUGCACAUUGGACGCAGAGCAAGAUGAAGAUGUCGAAGAGUAUUGGAAACGUCGUUGAUCCCUUCACGGCCAUGAAGGAGUUUGGCACGGAUGCAAUCCGCUUCUAUUUGAUGAACGACGGAGGCCUUGCUGACGAUGCAGAUUACUCGUCUGCAUUGGUAACGGAAAGAUACAGGAAACUGCUUGCUGGUCAGCUUGGAAACCUAUUGAGUAGAUCGUGUUCACUGGCAUUGAAUCCAUCGUCAACAGUUCCUGCGUGUCCGUCCAUGGAUAAUGUGAAUUUUGGCGAUAAGGUUCUGCACUCGAAAUUGGAGCAGCUCCCAGAGAUGGUUGACGAAGCCAUGAGCAACUACAGAACCACACACGCCACGCAGGCCAUCUUUGACAUGCUUGCAGAGGCAAACGCCCAUUUUAGUCAUUGGGAGCCAUGGAAGCUCGUUAAGGACCCAGCCAGCAAGGAUCGUCUGGAUACUGUUCUGUGGUAUGCCAUGGAGUCAACGCGUAUGGCUGCACUGCUCCUCCAGCCAAUCAUGCCCACGAAGACCUCAGAGAUGUUGGAUCAGCUCGGCAUUCGCAAAGACGAACUACUUGCUCCUCGAAGAUGUCCGAUACGGUCGCAAGGUAAAGGAUGCCUUGUUCUACAUUUUGCUAUCCAGUUCUAG